GUAGUUUACGUCAUCAAUACAAGCCGACCGGAGCAGCAUGGAUCAUCCUCUGAAGCAUUUUUGACCUUCUACAAUUAUUUCUUUCAAGUAGUUUCGGGUUGAACACAGCUUUCCAUAAUGUCGGUGAAGCAUGCAUCAGUCCAUGCCAAAUGGAUCAUAGGCAGAGUAAUUGGGACCAAGAUGCAGAAAACUGCCAAAGUGAGAGUCACAAGGCUGGUGCUGGACCCUUACCUGCUCAAGUACUACAACAAGAGGAAGACCUACUUUGCCCAUGAUCCUUUGCAACAGUGCACUGUGGGGGAUAUUGUCCUUCUCAAGGCUUUGUCUGAGGCCAGGUCCAAGCACGUGAAACAUGAACUGUCUGAGAUAGUGUAUAAAGUCGGCCGGGUGGUCGACCCACUGACGGGAAAGAGAGUCGAAGGAAGUGAGUUUGCGGAGCCUCUGACUGACCUUCCACUCAGCCUGGGAGAGGACUUGACCUUAUCAGAAAAACUGCAGGAGCUCAACAUCUCUGCUGCCUCCAGCGGAGCUGAUUCCCCGCCAGCACAAACUCCCACUUCAUGAUAGAAAACUGCAUUGUUUUAUUGAGUAAUGUUAGUUUAAAUGUCACCCUGCAAUUAUGUUUCUGUUCCAGGUGUUCAUGUAAAUAUACAUUUAUAAACCUGUCAUCAACAUAUGUGCCAGUUAAUGUUGGAAAUACAUUUUCUUUGCUACCUGCUGAGAUAGUCUUGAAUUCACAACAUAUUUCUGAGGAAUUUACAAUAAAAAUGACAAUGAGAA